CGGAAUCAAACACGUCACAGCUUAUUAACUGAGUGUAUUGCACUGUACGGCCAUAACUCAUGGAAUGAGGCACUGUACUACGACAGGCAUCAAAUGGCGAUAAAUAAUCCUUGCAUAAGCCAUAAAAAGGCUACUCUGUGGGCCAUAAUAUGCAGCGAUCUUCAUUGUACAACUGUAUUGCAUAUUGCCUUGACCAAGACAAGUUUCAUCUGAUUCGCCUGAAUGCUAAAUUUGGCACCAAUGUGAACCCGAGUCUGGUCUCAGCCAUACUCGGGCCACCGCCUCUGAAACUCAUCAAGCGCGGCAAGCGAUCGGCAGAAUGGUUCGACACGGAUGGGAACUGGCUUGAACCAGACGAAAGUGACCCAGAACGCCUAUCGCUUUUGCCGCCGAGUAGUCUCGAGGCUAUGGAGGAAAAUCUGGAGGGGAAGGACAAAGAGCUGUUUCUCAACUUCAUCAGGUCAAUGUUGCAAUGGGAACCGGAGAAGCGAAAGACAGCACGAGAAUUGUUAAGUGAUCCCUGGCUGAGCAGGGAAAAGACGGUCUAUUCCUAUUCUUGAG